AUGGCGGCCGUGGAAACGCGGGUGUGCGAGACAGACGGCUGCAGCAGCGAGGCCAAGCUCCAGUGUCCCACCUGCAUCAAGCUGGGCAUUCAGGGCUCAUACUUCUGCUCGCAGGAAUGUUUUAAAGGAAGCUGGGCUACUCACAAGUUGCUACAUAAGAAAGCAAAAGAUGAAAAGGCAAAGCGAGAAGUUUCUGCUUGGACUGUAGAAGGUGAUAUUAACACUGACCCAUGGGCAGGUUAUCGAUAUACUGGUAAACUCAGGCCACAUUAUCCACUGAUGCCAACAAGGCCAGUGCCAAGUUAUAUUCAAAGACCAGACUAUGCAGAUCAUCCUUUAGGAAUGUCUGAAUCUGAACAGGCGCUUAAAGGUACUUCUCAAAUUAAAUUACUCUCCACUGAAGAUAUAGAAGGGAUGCGCCUUGUAUGUAGGCUGGCUCGAGAAGUUUUGGAUAUUGCUGCUGUGAUGAUUAAACCAGGUGUAACUACUGAAGAAAUAGAUCAUGCUGUACACUUAUAUAAUUUCCCAAAGUCUUGUUGUACCUCAGUAAAUGAAGUUAUUUGUCAUGGAAUUCCAGACAGACGGCCUUUGCAAGAAGGUGAUAUUGUAAAUGUGGACAUUACUCUCUAUCGCAAUGGUUACCACGGGGACCUAAAUGAGACGUUUUUUGUUGGAGACGUGGAUGAGGGAGCACGGAAGUUAGUGCAGACCACAUAUGAGUGCCUGAUGCAAGCCAUCGAUGCAGUGAAACCUGGUGUUCGAUACAGAGAAUUAGGAAACAUUAUUCAGAAGCAUGCCCAAGCAAAUGGGUUUUCAGUUGUUCGAAGCUACUGUGGGCAUGGAAUCCACAAACUUUUUCAUACAGCUCCCAAUGUGCCCCACUAUGCCAAAAAUAAAGCUGUUGGGGUGAUGAAGGCGGGCCAUGUAUUCACGAUUGAGCCAAUGAUUUGUGAAGGUGGAUGGCAGGAUGAAACGUGGCCAGAUGGCUGGACCGCAGUAACAAGAGAUGGGAAGCGUUCUGCGCAGUUCGAGCACACGCUCCUGGUCACAGACACUGGCUGUGAGAUUCUCACUCGGCGAUUUGAAAAUGCACGGCCUCACUUCAUGUCCCAAUUUUAA